AUGUCCUACACAUCAAAAAUCUUCGGAAAAUUGAGAAUUACACAAGGAAAAAUCUGCAGUGUUCUUCCAAGAAGUGUGAAACUAUCAAGUUGUGCUGGAUCUCUUGAGAAAAAAUACCCGAUCGUCAACCACCAAUACGACUGCGUAGUAGUGGGCGCCGGCGGUGCCGGGUUGAGGGCCGCAUGCGGCCUGAUCGAGCAAGGCUUCAAAACCGCCUGCAUCACCAAAUUGUUCCCCACCAGGUCCCAUACGGUCGCAGCUCAAGGAGGCAUCAAUGCGGCACUAAGUCAUUAUGAAGACGACUGUUGGUUAUGGCAUCAAUACGACACGGUGAAGGGUUCGGACUGGCUAGGCGACCAAAACGCCAUCCACUAUAUGACAAAGGACGCCCCUAGGGCCGUUUUGGAGCUGGAGAACAUAGGGAUGCCCUUUUCUCGGAACAAAGACGGCCGCAUAUACCAAAGGGCCUUCGGCGGGCAGACGUUGAAAAGGGGAGACGGAGGACAAGCCCACAGGACUUGUGCUGCAGCUGACGGUACAGGCCACUAUCUGUUACACACCCUGUACGGGCAAGCUGUCAAGCUGAACUGCGAGUUUUUCGUGGAAUACUUCGUUCUGGACCUCUUAGUCACAGACGACAAGUGCUGCGGUGUGUUGGCAUGGAACCUGGAUGAUGGUACUUUGCACAGAUUUUACACCAACAAUACCGUGAUAGCAACAGGAGGCUUCGAGAGAAUAUACUUUUCUUGUACGGCCGCGCACACUUCUACCGGAGACGGCACUGCAUUGGUCACCAGGGCUGGCUUCCCAUUGGAAGACCUAGAAUUCGUUCAAUUCCAUCCGACAGGAAUCUACGGAGUGGGCAUCUUGAUCACUGAGGGAUCGAGAGGAGAAGGUGGUUUUUUCGUCAACAACAAAGGGGAGCGGUUCAUGGAGAAAUACGCGCCGAAGGCGAAAGACCUGGCGUCACGUGACGUAGUCUGCAGGAGCAUAUCGCACGAAAUCAUGGAGGGACGAGGCUGUGGACCUGACAAAGAAUACGUCCAUCUCCAAUUACAUCAUCUACCGAAAGAAACGAUCCUGAAACAGCUUCCGGGUAUCAAGCAAACAGCAUCUGAUUUUGCUGGUGUUGACAUCACCAGAGAGCCGAUUCCUGUUUUACCGACAGUGCAUUACACCAUGGGAGGAAUACCCACGAACUACAAGGGACAGGCCUUGACACAAAUGGCACCUGGCCGAGACCAAAUCAUCCAAGGGCUCUACGCUUGCGGCGAAGUUGCCUGCGUUUCCGUGCACGGGGCCAACAGGCUCGGUGCGAAUUCUCUACUAGAGACGGUCGUCUUCGGCAAGGCUGUCGCCGAUGCUAUCGGCCAGUUCAGCUGUCCAGGAGACACCAUCAAAAUGGACGAGUCUUUGGGCGGCGGCACCUUAGAGAACUUCGAUAAGUUGCGCAACUCCAAGGGCAAACGGACGGUCGGCGAACUCCGGCUGCAACUCCAAAAAACCAUGCAGAAACACGGCGGCGUGUUCCGCACGCAGAAGAUACUGGAAGAGGGGUGCAAGAAAGUUUCGGAACUUUAUCGAGAAAUGGAGAACGUCAAAGUGUCUGAUAAAGGACUGAUUUGGAACACUGACCUGGUCGAAGCUCUGGAACUGCAAAAUCUCUUCAUAAACGCGAUUCAGGCGAUAUAUUCGAUGGAACAGAGAAAGGAGUCCAGAGGUGCUCAUGCAAGAGACGAUUUUCAGCAACGGAUUGAUGAAUACGACUAUAGCAAACCAGUGAGAGGACAAAAAAGAAAAUCUUUUGACGACCAUUGGAGGAAGCACACUCUGUGUUGGAUGGAUGUUCAAACAGGAGAGGUUUGCUUCACACACAGGCCAGUGAUAGACUGUACCCUGAACGAAGAAGAAUGUCCAAGUAUCCCUCCCAAAAUCAGGGCAUACUGA